AUGGAAAAUCGACAGUCGAGCCAUACUGCUAGUGAAGAAGAACAUCAAGAACCCAGUCAUGAGGACAGCAUGCACAGUACACCAAAACCAGAGAAGGUAGGAUUCUCAGUAUUAUCCAUUGGCUCUAUCCUUGAAAACCCGCAAAGCCCCAAAAGUCCCGAGGGAGUUGAAUCUCGUCAAAAUGAUAUUAAAUCUACUCAUACAGAAGCAGUGCCAAUGGCUACAUCAACACCGACGUCGUCAGAGAAUUCCUCCCCAACGGCUAGCAAUCAUUCAGAAAAAAAGACCAAAGUAGAAAAAGAAGAGGAGAAUCAGAAAGAAAAUCAAGAACACUUCCAGCAAUUCGGUGGUACUGGAGAGCCAACAGCAACUCUUCCCUCCCAUCCGGAUGCAGCAUUAAGUUCCUUAGCAAUAGCAGGGUCCGCGCCAUGGCCGUAUUCAAGUCCAGCGUAUGAAGAUUCUCAGAAUUUAGAUGGUGAAAGUCAAAUACCUUACGCAUAUCCACAUAUUCCUGUUCGACAAUUUGUUUCCCCGCCCAUAGACAUUGACAAUUCCGCCCUUGAUGGCUUUCUGGAACGAUGCGUAUCAUCGGAAAAGGAACCCGUUGGACAAUUCGUCUAUACUCCAUGGUUUGAGUUGCCUUUAAUGUACAAUGCCAUCGGAAAAUUCAUCCGAAUAGAAAUUGAUGCGAAAUGGUUGAAUGCUGCGAUUAAUCCACGCCUAGGCAAACGUGAACUAUGGGGAACGGAUGUGUAUACGGAUGACUCAGAUAUAGUCACCAUGUUGGCACAUUGCGGGUACUUUUCUCUCUUCAAACCUUUAACGAAGAUCGCUGUUGUGGACUUGUUUAUUCUGCCGCCAUUACUGGGUUACAAAGGAACUAGGAAAAACCAAAUUGAAAGCAGAAGCUGGACUUCUCGACAAGAUGGUUUAAGUAUUAAAGUGAAAAACCAAGAGUGGAAGUCUCCCGAACCUUCGGUUUUUGAAAAUACUAUGCAUAAUAUGACUUUAGAACAACGCUUACAAGCUCGACUUGAACUUUCCCGUUCCUCUGUCUUUAAGAUAUAA